AUGCUGGGCGCUUGGUUACAAACCCGGAAAUGGCAAUGUCCUUCCGAUAUAGGUCAAAGGUACGGAGCGGGGUAUGUGUUGACAGCCAGAAAUUCCGUUGCAAGCACUUUCCGAAGCGUCCUCACCCGUCACGCAAGUCAAGGAAACAUGGGCGAUGAGGACUCGCUCUCCUCGAACGGAGAGAGCCAGGCAAUCUUACCGAGGGCGAAGAUUAACGGCUCGCUACACCCCCAUGUCCCAAAAGCGAAGCAACCAUCUAUCAGAAAGAACGAUGAUGGCUCCUGGGGACCAACUGGCCUUUAUGGCACGCGAGUUCGAGAGACAAAGCUACUCGAAAUACUCCGAAGCGUCAUAAAGCCCUCUCGACUCAAACGUGUUGAAGAAGUGUUGUCAGCGCGAAGUAAGCGGGUGCAGUGCUUGUUUGAAAACCUCCAUGACCCGGCGAAUGGCUCGGCGUGUCUGAGGACAAUGGAGGGUUUUGGUGUCCUUACUGCGCAUGCGGUGGAGUCUUAUGAACCCUUCAAAGUGUCUGGAGGUAUCACUAUGAAUGCAGAGAAGUGGAUGAUAGUGGAAAAAUAUCGACAUUGCCUCGAUGCAACUACAGCGUUGAAAGAAAAGGGAUUCACCGUAGUUGCAACAUGCUUGGACGACGAUGCUGUACCAAUAUCUGACGUUGACUUCGGGAGUUUCGAGAAGAUAUGCGUCAUGUUUGGCAAUGAGGAAAGAGGUCUCAGCUGGGCAUUACGCAAUGAGGCGGACGUUAAAGUGUAUAUACCCAUGUCCGGCUUCUCGCAGAGCUUUAACAUUUCUGUAACUUGUGCCAUGACUCUCUUUCAUCUGCGGGAAAAGGGAGUUAUUGUCCCGGACAUUGAUGACGAGCAAGUGAACAAGCUGUACCUCAGGUGGCUAUUGAUGUCUACUAAGCGAUCAGCGUCUUUGCUAAAGAAACACAACUACGAGCACCUCGCACCUGACUUUGUUUAAGAAUAACCUCAGACUUCCGUAAAAGAUCUGCGGCAGUAGUGCCAAUCUAGAAAUUUCAUGAGGCAAAGAUGCUUCAAUUGCCGAAGUCAUCUUAAGGGUUGGUAACGUUCAGAGGGAUACAUGCGGCCCAUUCUUGCAAAAGCAAGCUUCUGAGGGCGGACGCGUUGACUGAUAGACACAUUGGUGUUCUCGUCCUCUUCCCGAUCAUCAUGCUGUUAAAAACCCAGAAGAAUCAUUCGAGCCGAAAAGAGGAAGAGCAGGAGACCGCCGGGCGGAGCAGUGGUGUAUUUAUACUGUUCGGUCGUCGAAUAAGUGUGGGUGGUGGCAAACUGGCCUGUUUAAAAGUAAAAUUUUGGGCUAAGCGCAUCACCACCGGUAGGUGAUCAAAUGACCAAACAACAA